AACACAGACCGAGUAUUCGGACAUGCGCUCAACACAGUCAACAAGAUCCGCACGGGCUCGCAAAAGCCGCCCGUGAGCGAGCGCCUCCGCCUCUACGGCCUCUACAAACAAGCAAUGGAGGGCGACGUCGCAUAUCUGCAAGAACGCCCCACCACCCACGACAAGAAAGAGCAAGACAAAUGGGAUGCCUGGGCCUCCAAUUCUGGCUUGUCGCGCACGCAGGCGAAAAGACAGUAUAUCGAGACGUUGAUACAUACCAUGCAUGAGUAUGCGAGUGCAACGCCCGAGGCUAGGGAACUGGUUGCUGAGCUCGAGUUUGUCUGGGAUCAGGUGCGGAAUAAUUCGAACCCGAGUGGAAGUUCGGAUGCGUCGAGUCCGUUGCGUGUGUUGCAUGAGCAGAGGUCUGGCUACCCGGGUAUGGUGUCGAGCUCUGCCGCUGCCUUUGCGGACGAUAAUGUCGCUUCGAGGCCGCUACGGAUACUGAGUCCUGUGAAAGAUCAAGAUAGAGACGAUCAACAAGCCUCUCCCUCACGGCCACCGCGAUCCAGGAUAUCAAGUCCACGCGACUCACGCUGGCGGAAGAGUAUAGACACUGCUUUGGUCCGGAUGACGACUGAGAUUGCCGCUCUGCGAGAACAACUGGAAUCGCGCAAUUUCAUAGCACAACAGCGGAAACGCUCUUUACUGGCUUGGGUGUUACGAGCAUCGUGGUUUCUGGUCAAGCUGGUCGCUGUCGAUGUGUUCAUCCUCUGGCUUGUGCUACUCUAUCUACGGCGAAAGAAGGAUAUGCGACUCGAGGGCGCUGUCAGGGUCUUGCUGGGUGAUGCUGUCGCGCAGAUGCAAAAAGUCGGCAGUAAAGUCAAAGUACCUACGCUGACAGGGAAGAAGUGA